AUGGGUUGUGGUUCAUCUGAUUCUGCGUCUGCAAGUAAUCCUAGAAAAUAAGAACAAUAACGAGAGUUUACAGGGGAAAAGAUAUCAUAAGAGAUCUUUGUAGACUUAAAAGAUGGGAACAUAUAUGAUGAAUAUGAGGUCGGGUCAAGUUUAGGGGAAGGAGCAUUCGGUUGUGUAAAAUUAGUUGCUCAUCGUAAAACUAGUAUUGGUACAUAAAAUAUAUUAGAAAUGAAAUAUGCUAUGAAACAAAUAAGGAAAUAGGGACUAAUUAAGGAGGAUCAAAAAGUUCUAUUUAGUGAGAUGGACAUUUUGAGGUUAAUUGACCAUCCUAAUAUUGUUAAGUUACAUAAACUAUAUUAAGACAAUAUCCAUUAUUAUAUGAUUACUGAAUACUGUUAAGGAGGAGAACUGUUUGAUAAACUGACAAAUGAAAAGAACUUUACUGAGAAAAAGGCAGCUGUAAUUAUAAAAUAAAUCUUAUCUGCUUUGACAUAUUGUCAUGAAAGGAAAAUCAUUCAUAGAGAUUUAAAAUUAGAAAAUAUAUUAUUGGAAACUAAUAGUUCGAAUUCAAAUAUUAAAGUUAUAGAUUUUGGCACUUCUCGUAAAGUAUAAGAAAAUGAAAAAUUAAAAUUGAAAAUUGGAACUGUAUUCAUUUACAUUAAAUUUAAGUUAUAUUAUAUGGCUCCUGAAGUGUUUUAAGGUCAAUAUGAUCUAAAAGUAGAUGUAUGGAGUGUUGGUGUUAUUUUAUAUAUUUUAUUAUGUGGUUAUCCUCCUUUUAAUGGAGAUGAUACAACAAUAAAAAAGAAAAUUCAAAAAGGAACUUUCGAAUUCAAUGGUAUAUUAUCAUUAAAUAUGAUAUUUAGAUCCUGAUUGGAGGUCUAUUUCACAAGAAGCAAAAGAUUUGAUAGUUAAAAUGCUCAAAUUUGAUCCAUAAUAAAGAAUUACAGCUCAACAAGCUUUAUAAGAUCCAUGGAUUUAAUCAAAAGCACCAAAUACAUUAGUAUAAGCUAAUGCUCUCAAAAAUUUAAAAGAUUUUUAUGUAUGAAAAUGAAACCUUUAUUUAGAGUACUUCAAAAUUAAAAAAUGCUAUAUAAAUAUUUAUCGUCACUCAAGUUUCAACUUAUUAGGAAAAGGAAGAGUAAUUAAAAUAAUUUAAAGCUAUGGAUACUGAUGGUAAUGGAACUAUAAGUCCAUAAGAAUUAAAAAAACAUUACUCUAAACUUUAUGGAAUGGAGUAAGCUGAGAAAUUAGUAUAAGAAAUUAUGAAAUAAGUUGAUAUUAAUUAAUCAGGAUAAAUUGAUUUUAAUGGUAAUUCUAUUCUAUAUGAAUUAUUUAGAAUUUUUAGUUGCUGCUGCUAACAAAGAAAAAAUACUAUCUUAAGAGAAAUUGAAGAAGGUAUUUUAAAUGUUUGAUAAAGUAAUGAAUUAAUUAAUUUUAGAAUGGCGAUGGGAAAAUUCAAAGAACAGAACUUUAAUAUAUUAUGUCAGGUAUUAAGAUAGAUGAUGUUUAAUGGAAAAACAUUUUGGAAGAAUGUGAUAAGGAUAAUGAUGGAGAGAUAUCUUUAGAUGAAUUGAUAGCAUUGAUGCAAAAGUUAAAGUGA